AUCGACUUAUUUUGAAAUGUAAAAUUGAGGAAUUUGAAAUAGUUUAGAGAUUCAAGAGGCUUAAGUCUUAACCUGGCCAUUGGGAAAACGAGACCACGUGCUCCGAGGACCUGUCAAAAAAUACUGUCCAGUUAACACAAAUAUGGAUAUUGUCCCUGGACAGUUCGACGACGCGGAAAGUGAAGAGGUUCCACCGAGGAAGCAUGUCUCUUUCGACCUCUGCCACCAAAUCGAAGAAUUGGCCCUCUCAGACAGCGGACUUUCCGAAGAUGAAGAUGAAGAUUACUCGGAGGAUGAAGAAUAUUACGAAGAUUUUCAGUGUACAAAGAAUUCAGUGAUGGUGAGAUCGAAUAAAGGCCACCCAAAUGCUCAAAUGCCAUCGGACAAGGUGUCCUCGUACCAGCCGAAUGACAAGCUAUUGAAAAAGUACGUGAAUAAAAUCAACGUCGAGAAAUAUGAGGGACCAGAGCUGCCAAUGAAAGCUGCAAACUACUUGAUAGAAGCAAAUCGCAAAAAUGAAGCUGAAAGAAUAAGACACAAGGAUAAAAAUGAUAGAGCUACAACGGAGCAAGUCAUGGACCCAAGGACAAGAAUCAUUAUUUUCAAACUUCUAAAUCGCGGUGUUUUAUGGAUGAUAAAUGGGUGCAUCUCAACCGGUAAAGAAGCGAACGUUUAUCACGCCACAUCAAAAAGUCUCGAUUGUGAUAUUGCAAUCAAAGUCUAUAAAACAAGCAUUUUAGUGUUUAAAGAUCGUGAUCGUUACAUGACUGGGGAAUACAGGUUCCGACAUGGAUACUGUAGGCACAAUCCGAGAAAGAUGGUACGUCUUUGGGCCGAGAAGGAAAUGAGAAACUUAGUGAGAAUGAAGAACGCUGGUCUUUCCGUUCCAGAGCCGAUCCUCCUCAGGUCGCACGUUUUACUUAUGAAAUUUCUCGGCGAAGAUGGCUGGCCUGCACCGAAAUUGAAGGACGUAGAACUGACGACUUCCCGAGCUUGUAAACUUUACAGAGAAAUAGUUACAAUGAUGUGGAUCAUGUAUAACAAGUGCAAGUUGGUCCAUGCCGAUCUAAGCGAGUUUAACCUACUGUACCAUGAAGGUCAUGCAUAUGUUAUAGAUGUGUCACAGUCUGUUGAACAUGACCACCCUCACUCUUUUGACUUUUUAAAGAAAGAUUGUACAAAUAUAAAUGAAUUUUUCCGUAAAAAGGAUGUUGCGACGAUGACAGUGAAGCAACUGUUCGAUUUUAUAACAGACUUCAACUUGUCUGAAGACAAGAUCGAAUCGUACCUUGACAGGAUUUCUGAGGAAGCUGGAAAUAAGGGCCAGCCGAGUUCUAACGAGAUUGUUGACGCCGAGGUAUUCAAGAACACUUUCGUGCCCAAGAGGCUCGAUGAGGUUCUGAAUUUUGAAAGGGACAUAAACGCCAUACGUUCAGGACAGGAUGACCCGGACAGAAUAACGUACAAAAAGGUUGUCGGACUCAGUGAAGACCUUACACCAGCUCAGGAUGAAGACUCUUCCAGUGAUGAGACUGAAGAAGAAGGAAAAUCAAAUUUCGUCAAUUCUUCACGGCCCAGAGACGAAUCGCCCGAGAGUAAAAAGAUGAGAAAAAAACUAGUGAAAGAACAACAGGCGGAAAAAAGGAAAACAAAAAUUAAGAAACAUGUAAAGAAAAGAAAAGCGAAAGCUAAAUAAACUUUUAAUCAUAUGU